AUGAUAUUCUUUCUGUUCUCAAUCUCUCUUCCUAUUAAUCUCAUUUUUCUUCUUCAUAAGACCAAAAUGAGUAGAAAAACCAUUCUGCCACCAGGUCCUUUAGGGUUACCUUUUAUUGGAAAUUUGCAUCAAUUUGACUGUUUAAAUCCUCGUCUUUAUUUUUGGAAACUUUACCAAAAAUAUGGAAAAAUAUUCUCAUUGAAAAUUGGAUCUGUUACUAUGGUAGUAAUUUCUUCAGCAAAAUUAGCAAAAGAGGUAACCCAAAUACAAGAUUCAACAUUUUGUAGUAGACCCUCUUUUGUUGGCCAACAAAAAGUAUCUUACAAUGGUAGUGAUAUUUGCUUUUCACCUUACAAUGACUAUUGGAGAGAAAUCCGAAAAAUAUGUGUUGUUCAUUUGUUCAGUCUCAAGAAAGUGCAACUUUUUAGACCGAUUCGUGAAGAUGAAGUCUCAAGAAUGAUCAAGAAAAUAUCUCAACAAGCAGUCGCUUCACAAAUUACAAAUUUGAGUAAUAUAGUGACUUCACUAACAAGUACAAUGAUUUGUAGAUAUGCUUUUGGUAUUAGGUAUGAUGAAGAAGCACAUGAAAAGAGGAGAUUUGAUAAACAUUUAGCUAUGUCACAAGAGAUGGCGGCAACCUUUUUUGUCUCUGAUUAUUUUCCUCUCUUAGGAUGGAUGGAUAAACUCUCCGGAAAAAUAAGUAGACUCGAGAAGGAUUUUAAGAUUUUGGAUGAGUUUUAUCAAGAACUCAUUGACCAACAUUACAAUCCCAAUAGGCCAAAAUCCAUGGAAGGAGAUAUUAUUGAUAUUUUAUUAGAGUUAAGAAAAGAGCAAUCAACUCCAUUUGAUCUCACUUUGGACAACAUUAAAGCAAUUCUCACGGAUAUAUUUUUUGGUGGAACAGAAACUAGUGCAGUUCCAAUAAUUUGGGCAAUGACAAUGUUGAUUAAAAAUCCAAAAGCAAUGAAGAAAGUUCAAAAAGAAAUCAGAAAAACAAUUGGGAACAAAGGCAUUGUGAAUGAAGAUGAUGUUCAAAACAUGCCUUAUCUAAAAGCAGUGAUAAAAGAGACAUUUAGAUUAUAUCCACCUUCUCCACUCCUAAUGCCAAGAGAAUCAAUACAAAAAUCUACACUAGAAGGGUAUGAAAUUCAACCAAAAACUGUAGUUUAUGUGAACACAUGGAUGAUUGGAAGGGAUCCUGAAAUAUGGGAGAAUCCAGAAGAAUUUAUACCUGAGAGAUUUUUAAAUAGUGAUAUUGAUUAUUUCAAGGGUCAAAAUUUUGAGUUGAUUCCAUUUGGAGCUGGCAGAAGAGGUUGUCCAGCGGUUGCACUUGGUGUUGCAACGGUGAAUCUUAUACUUCCAAAUCUUCUUUAUGCAUUUGAUUGGGAAUUGCCUUAUGGGAUCAUGAAAGAAGAAAUUGACACAACUAUUAUGCCUGGACUUGGCAUGCAUAAGAAAAAUGAUCUUUGCCUUGUCCCAAAAAAAUAUCCAUACACCUAG